AGAACAGCCCUCAUCUAACCUCUUUCCAUCAUUUAUGUCAAAUUACAGGCAAUAAUUAUACUCAUGCUCUUUCAAGUUUCAAUAAUUAUAGUAAUUGCAUCAAUUUUGGCAUUUCUCUGAUUACAACAAAAUAUCCAAAACUACUCCAAUAAUAAUAUCCCUACCACAUCUCUACUCUAUCAACAACCAAGAAACAAAUUUAAGAUAAAAACUGCAAGCUACCAAGUUAGCUUGCCACACACAUAUGGAAGAUCCAAACAUUCACACCCCCUUAAUUUCAUCAGUAGAAGAUAAGAUACAAGAAGAUGAGGGAGAAGAAAGUCAAAGACGAGUACAUGAUCCCUUACUAUCAUCAAAGGAAGAGAAUUCGCCGGUGGAGCAGGUGGCGAUGACGGUCCCAACCACAGACGAUCCGGACCUCCCGGUGUUAACCUUUAGAAUGUGGGCCCUAGGGACGUUAUCUUGUGUUGUACUCUCGUUUUUAAACCAGUUUUUCUGGUACCGUAAGGAGCCUCUUAGUAUAACCGCAAUCUCGGCUCAAAUAGCCGUCGUCCCUCUCGGUCAGUGGAUGGCGUCUAGGUUGCCUAGCCGCCCGAUGCUGCAAGGGACGCGUUGGGAGUUCUCAUUAAAUCCGGGCCCUUUUAAUGUCAAGGAACAUGUGCUUAUUACCAUCUUUGCAAAUGCUGGUGCUGGAAGUGUUUAUGCUAUACAUGUUGUUACCGUUGUUAAGAUAUUUUACAAGAAACAAAUUACAUUCUUUGUUUCCUUGAUCGUUAUUCUUACCACUCAGGUGUUGGGAUUUGGAUGGGCUGGAAUUUUCCGGCGUUACUUGGUUGAGCCGGCUGAAAUGUGGUGGCCUGCCAAUCUUGUCCAAGUUUCCCUAUUCAGGGCAUUACACGAGAAAGAAGAACGGUCCAAAGGCGGUCUGACUCGAACACAAUUCUUCCUAAUAGCCUUUACUUGCAGCUUUGCAUACUAUGUCUUUCCAGGCUACCUCUUUCAAAUGCUAACCUCCCUUUCUUGGAUAUGCUGGUUUUGGCCCAAAUCCAUUCUAGCCCAACAGCUAGGAUCCGGUCUAUAUGGGCUUGGAAUCACAGCAUUUGGGCUAGACUGGUCCACAAUCUCAUCCUACCUUGGAAGCCCACUUGCAAGCCCAUGGUUUGCCACUGCCAAUGUGUCAGCUGGAUUUGUGCUUGUAAUGUAUGUGCUUACUCCAAUUAGCUACUGGUUUAACUUUUACAAAGCAAAGACUUUUCCUAUAUUUUCAGAUAGUCUUUUCACAGCAUCAGGAUCAGUAUACAAUAUUUCUGCUAUAGUAGACUCCAAUUUUCAUAUCAACCAAGAAGCUUAUGCCAAACAAGGUCCUCUUUACCUUAGCACCUUCUUUGCUAUGACUUAUGGAGUUGGUUUCGCCGCAUUAAGUGCUACUAUUGUACAUGUCGCGCUCUUCCAUGGCAGGGAAAUAUGGGAUCAAAGCAGAGCAAGUUUUAAAGACAAGAAAAGGGACAUACAUACAAAGUUGAUGGCAAGGUACAAGGAAGCUCCCGAAUGGUGGUUUUGGGUUAUUUUGGUGGUUAAUAUUGCAGCUACCAUAUUUGCUUGUGAGUAUUACAAAGAUCAGCUCCAACUUCCAUGGUGGGGUGUCUUGCUUGCUUGCGGCAUUGCCUUCAUCUUCACACUUCCUAUUGGAAUUUUAACUGCCAUCACAAAUCAGAGUCCUGGUUUGAACAUCAUCACGGAGUAUAUUAUCGGAUACAUCUACCCUGGAUACCCGGUGGCAAAUAUGUGCUUCAAGGUUUAUGGCUACAUUAGUAUGACUCAAGCUAUUGCCUUCCUGCAAGACUUCAAACUUGGCCACUAUAUGAAAAUUCCUCCUAGAACAAUGUUCAUGGCACAGGUAGUCGGAACUCUCAUCUCUGCCUUUGUCUAUCUUGGCACGGCCUGGUGGCUAAUGGAAACUAUCCCGGAUAUUUGUGAAAAAACUGCUACAAAUACCGUGUGGACAUGCCCUAGUGACACAGUGUUCUACGAUGCCUCAGUCAUAUGGGGUUUGGUUGGACCGCGCAGGAUCUUUGGAGAUGAAGGCAUCUAUGAGGCAAUUAAUUGGUUUUUCUUAGGAGGAGCCAUUGCUCCAGUUUUUGUUUGGUUGGCUACUAAGGCCUUUCCUAACCAAAAAUGGAUUAGGCUUAUCAACAUGCCUGUCCUAAUCGCUGCAACAGGAAUGAUGCCACCAGCAACUGCAGUGAACUACACUACAUGGAUUCUUGUAGGUUUCCUAUCUGGAUAUGUCGCGUUUAGGUAUGCUCCUGACUGGUGGCAGCGCCAUAACUAUUUGCUAUCGGGUGCUCUAGAUGCUGGUCUAGCUUUUAUGGGGGUGGCAUUGUACCUUUGCUUGGGGUUGGAGGAGGUGAGUCUUAGCUGGUGGGGAAAUGAUCUUGAUGGGUGCCCUUAUGCAUCUUGUCCAACUGAGAAAGGUGUUAUGGUUCAAGGUUGUCCUGUUGUAUACCGCUAGUCUCAUGUACAUUGUAAAUUGUAAGAAAAUAUUGAUUCUUUGUAAUUUCAUUAGUGAAGCAAUAUUCUUACUGUAUAUUCAAAAGUUGGUUUUUUACAACAUUUGAAAUAAGAUGUGGGUAAAAGAGUUUGUUAUUACUAAAGAGUUUUGGCAUCUAAUAUUCGUA